UGCAUUGUGUGGAUGCAAACCCGAGCUGCCCGACCCGGGCCAGGGCUGAGGCUCCGGCUGCCGUCGCCAGACCGGGCACUGUCAUGCCCGCGCCGCGCGGCGGGCCGCUGCGUUCUCGAGCCGCUCUAUAAGCGCGCACAAGGGGACCUCCGGAGGGGCUGAAGAUGAAGGUGCCCGCGCAUGGGCUCCCGCUGAUUGCCAACCCUUCGCGAGCCCGCGCCCCGCACGGAGCCCGCGGCCUCCGAGGACCCGCCUUCGCCGCAGUAGCAGCUGGAGCAGCGACAGAGGCGGCGGCGGCGGCGGCGCGGGUCGCGCGAGCGCGUAGACCGGCGGCGGCAGCUUGGGGGCCGCCGCUGCCCCGGCUGCCAUGAGUUGUGCGGAGGUGAUGUAUCACCCCCAGCCGUAUGGAGCGCCCCAGUAUCUGCCCAACCCUGUGGCAGCUGCAACCUGCCCCACAGCCUACUACCACCCGGCGCCCCAACCUGGCCAGCAGAAGAAGUUAGCGGUAUACAGCAAGAUGCAGGACUCUCUGGAAGUCACCCUUCCCAGCAAACAAGAGGAGGAGGAGGAGGAGGAUGAGGAGGAGGAGGAGGAGAAAGACCAGCCUGCCGAGAUGGAGUACCUUAACUCUCGCUGUGUCCUUUUCACUUAUUUCCAGGGAGACAUUGGGUCAGUAGUGGAUGAACACUUCUCAAGAGCUUUGGGCCAAGCCAGCAUCCUCCAUCCAGAAUCUGCCAUUUCAAAAAGCAAGAUGGGGCUAACCCCCCUAUGGAGAGACAGCACAGCUCUCUCAAGUCAAAGGAAUAGUUUCCCGACUUCCUUUUGGACCAGCUCUUACCAGCCCCCACCUGCACCCUGUUUGGGGGGAGUUCAUCCUGACUUUCAGGUCACUGCACCCCCUGGCACCUUUACCGCAGCCGACCCCAGUCCCUGGCCAGGACACAGCCUGCACCAGACUGGCCCAGCCCCUCCCCCUCCCGUGUCUGAGUCCUGGCACUACCCUUUGGCAUCUCAGGUGAGCCCGUCCUACAGCCACAUGCACGAUGUGUACCUGCGACACCACCACCCCCACGCUCACAUGCAUCACCGACACCACCACCACCACCACCACCCUCACCCUUCUGCCGCGUCUGCCCUGGAUUCCUCCUACGGGCCCCUGCUGAUGCCGUCAGUGCGUGCAGCCAGGAUUCCUGCUCCUCAGUGUGACGUCACAAAGACAGACCCGACGACAGUCACCACUGCUACCUCAGCGUGGGCCGGAGCCUUCCACGGGACUGUGGACAUAGUGCCAAGUGUGGGGUUUGAUACAGGUCUACAGCACCAGGACAAGAGCAAGGAAUCACCAUGGUACUGAAACACACAGUUUCAGUAAGUGAGAUUGGAGCGCACUGGGAAAAGAUGCUGCCAGGAUUUCCCAUUCUGCAAGGGGACCCAGUGGACAUGGGAGGAGAAGAAGAAGUGUCAGCCAGCUGACUUUCGUUUGGAGCCUUUUCUUGAGAAAGCAGAGUGGGUCCGAGACAUUGAAGAAAAGCAUUUUGUUUUUGUUUUUGUUUUUCCCCUCAUCUGAGCCUCUGCCAGCUGUGCAACUCUCUCUCUCUCUCUCUUUUUUGGUCUUGCUUUUAUCUUUUGAUUUUUUUUGAACCAACCAGCUUGUCAGGAAAAGAUGAACCACAAAUGAAUAUGCUCAUUCUUUCAGGAAUACAAUUUUAUAGCUCUAUGUGCAUCUAUUUUUGUAGAAAUACAGAAAGUUUGAUUUAGCAUUGAUGGGCUAUUUUUGAGGGAUGUAUUUUUUUUAGUAUUGUAAAAAUUGUUAAGUUCUGUUUAAAGAACUUGCUCUCAGAUAAGCACUGGCAAAAAUGUGUAAAAUGCUUGUCUUUAAGAUGUCUGUGAUAUGCUCUGUGCUUUCUAGGUUACCUCAAGUGUUUGAUAGUUUAUCCCUUUUUACAAAAGUAGCACCAUAGCCAAGCCAAUAUAAUAUUGUAUUUCAUUAAAUCUCAGUGAAGAUUUAACUCCUUGCUAGCUUACUUAGCUUUGAAUUAUAUGUAUAGCUUGAAAAGGAACUUUUUAAAUGACCACACUAAAAAAGAAUAUUUCAUUACAGUUCUUUGAUUUCUCCCAAAGAGUACUUGUAGGUUGAUUUAAAAAGUUUUGCAUAAACUUACAAUCAGAUGGAGUGUUUGCAUAGAGUAUGUAAUUCCCUUUCUAGUCCAUCUGACUUUGAUAAGAGAAAUCGGAGUUUAUACCAAACUGUUGGAAAAAAUGCAUUUAACCAUGGUACCUUUGAGUGCCAGUGACUUAUUUUUCUUGUUCCUAAUUUUUCAUUCAUGGCAAUUUUUAAGGUCAUAUUUUAAGUGUUUUUUUUUUUCCUGGAGGUAGUUUGAAGGGAUAAUAUUUAGGAAGGUACUAGAAUAUUACAAAGCCUUUAAUUCAAUGGCUUUUUCUGAUAAUAACCUAUCAUUACCUAUUAUCAUGAAUUGAAAACUAACAUAUAUGUAAUAUUUUAAACAUAGGUUUUUGCGAGAUUUUUUUGGUUUAAAUCUGAUUUAUGUGAUUCAAUUCUUUAUAAGAAAAAAUGUAGGGCAAAAUGAAAUUUGGAUUUAUACCACAAUAACUGAAAUUGGGUUAAUAAAUUGACUAUUUGUUGUUUGAAAUCAUUGAAAGCCUCAGAUUCAAGCUGACAUGCCCCUCAGAAUCUAAAUAAGGUGAAGGUGGCAUUAUCAGUAUGACCCUGCCAAGAAAAGAUGAGGAAAGUAGCAGUUAAUGAUAUUUUAAGGACUUUUAAUGCAAAAGUCCCUUCUUUUUUUCCUUUUUUCCAGCUCUUUUUAGAGG